AUGACUCAGGUGGUACAGCAGGCAGAUGUAGAGUACCUAUUGCUAGCAUUGUUAGAGUAUUGGAACGAACCCCGGCACACGUUGAGUGCAGCCGCUUGCCUGUUACGCAACGCUCUGGGGGUUCCCUAUCUGCCCUCUACGUUGGUAGAGGAGGCUCUGAAAAGGUCUUUAGAACGUACUAAUGCUGCUUACGCCCACACCAAGGAGAGGGUGAAGACAUCUCUGUCGGAGGGUGCUCUGAGACCCAGCGACCUCCUGGCUCAGUUCAAGCAGAUCGGACCCCAGACCAGGAGGCACAUCAGCGCAGCUGAGCUGCUGGACAAUACAGUGGAACUGAUCAGAGAGAUGGUCUACACCAGUACCAUGGCCCAGUCCAGUCUACCUGACCCGCUGAGUGAGGAGGACAUGCAGGUUCUACUGCAUGCUACGGGCUGUUCCUCUGAGAUGCAGAGACCCCUCUGUAAGACUGGCUGUCUGUCUGAACGCUACCGUUCAUUCACCGGGGAGUGCAACAACAGACAGCACCCUAAGUGGGGUGCGGCCAACACCCCGUACUCCCGCUGGCUCCCCCCAGAGUACGAGGACAUCAGAGGGGUCCCUAGGGGCUGGGACCCUGAACACACCUACUAUAACUACACCUUGCCCCCGGUGCGCCUGAUAUCCCAGAACGUUCUCUACACCCACAAUGAGAACAUCUCUCUGGACUCAUCUCUGUCCCACCUGUUGGUGGAGUGGGGUCAGUGGAUCGACCAUGACUUCGCUCUGACCCCUCAGAGUCCCAGCACAGCUGCCUUCAGGACCGGGGCCGACUGUACCCGCACAUGCAGCCGGGACACUCCCUGCUUCCCUAUACAGAUCCCGCUGUCAGACCCUCGUACUGGUACACAGAGCUGCAUGCCUUUCUUCCGCUCGGCGCCCAGCUGUGUCGGGAGCGAAGGCACACCCCACCAUCACCGGGAGCAACUGAACGCCAUCACCUCAUUCGUGGACGCCAGUAUGGUGUACGGUAGCUCCUCCCCCAUGGCUGCGGCCCUGAGGAACCACUCCUCUCCACUGGGUCUUCUGGCCCUCAAUGACCAGGCCUCAGACCAGGGUCUCGCCUACAUGCCCUACCUGCCUCGCCUACAGGGACGCCUGGAUCCCUGUGGGCCACGAAGCGGGUCUGAGGCAAACUCCACUGGAGCCACAAGUGCCUCUGACACAUCUGCUACUGCACCAACAGAACAGGAGAAUAUUACAUCCUGUUUCCAAGCAGGUGACUCACGGGCCAAUGAGCACCUGGGGAUGAUAGCACUCCACACGUUGUUCCUGAGGGAACACAACAGGCUGGUCAGCGAGUUGCACCUCCUCAACCCUCACUGGAGCCCAGACACCUUGUACCAGGAGGCCAGGAAGAUCAUGGGGGCUGUCCACCAGAUACUGACCUGGGAGCACUACUUGCCCAGGGUCCUGGGUGAGACCCCCACUUCCCUCCUGAUGCCUCCGUACAAGGGCUACGACCCUGAGAUUGACCCCAGCAUCGCUAACGUCUUCUCGGCCGCCGCCUUCCGCUUUGCCCACGUCACCGUGCAGCCGAUGGUGGCCCGCCUGGGCCCCGGGUACAGCCUCGCCCCACAGCACCCACCUCUGCCCCUACACCACUCCCUCUUCGCAUCCUGGAGGGUCGUACAGGAGGGUGGUAUAGACCCAGUGCUGCGUGGCCUCCUCCUUUCCCCAGCCAAGCUCCAGAUGCCAGGCCAGAUGAUGGUUGAGGAGCUAACUGAGAGACUGUUCCAGGCCCAGGGUGGGAUGCCACUAGACCUGGGUGCCCUCAACCUGCAGCGGGGUCGAGACCACGGCCUGCCUGGUUACAGCUCGUGGCGUGGGCUCUGUGGCCUCUCUGUUCCCAACACCACCUCUGACCUUGCAGGUAUCCUGGGUAACCCUGGUCUGGCUGAGAAGUUCCUGUUGUUGUACGGGACGUCCCAGAACAUCGACGUAUGGGUGGGGGCCAUCUCAGAGCCUCCUCUACCUGGGGGCCGGGUGGGACCCCUCCUGGCCUGUCUACUGGCCAAGCAGUUCAGAGCACUGAGAGACGGAGACAGGUUCUGGUGGGAGAGAGAGGCUGUGUUCACCAGCAACCAGAGAGCUCAGCUUCACACCGUGUCCCUGUCACGUAUCAUCUGUGACAACACGCACAUCACACGUGUUCCCUCCGACCCAUUCAGCCGUACGGUCAGCCCAGAAGACAUGCUGGCCUGCAGCCACCCCCUCAUCCCUCACCUUAACCUCUCUGCCUGGAAGGAGCCUGACACAGAUCCCAGAUGUGGUUCAAUCCCCAGGUUACAGUCAGGCUUCUCUCUGCUCUGUGACUCCGUCAUCUACUACCAGUGUGGUCCAGGCUAUCAGCUGAUUGGUCCAUCCUCUGUGACCUGUGACCCCAACAGUUAUCAAUGGAGUCCUGCUCCCCCAAUCUGCCACGAUGUCGAUGAGUGUGCCGAUCAGCCAACCCCGUGCCCCCAAAACACGGACUGCCUCAACACACCCGGGUCAUAUAUGUGCACAGACCUGGACCUGUCCUCCCUGUCUACAGUCUCUGUAAUCUCUGCAGUAAUAGCUGUGGUUGGUGGUGUGGCCAUCUUGUUUGUGAUACUGACCUGUUGUAGAAGGUAUUUUCCAAAGAAGCCAGAAUCGAUAAACAGAACCGAUAAACGGAACCGAUAAACAGCGGUUGCUGUAAGAGGGACAGAUAACCAAGAGACACCUCUGGAAAUGUAGUCCUUAACAUAUUUUAUUACAUUUUAGUAUUUUGUUUCUAAAAAUGUGACAUAUAUCCUAAAAGUAUACACUUGACUGUGUUGAUAUUAAAACGUAACUUCCGAUUGUUUGUUAGAUAAUAACCUGAAAAUUAGAAAUAACUGAAUUGUAAACCCUGUUUUAGACCACAGUCACAUUAUAUAUAUAUAUAAAACCUCAAAAGGUCUGACUCAAAGUACACAAAGUACUUCUCUGUACUUGGUGCAUAUGUCCCGUCGUACAGUAUUUGGACAGUGACCAUUUUCUGUUGUUCUGUUGUUGUAGUUCUGUUAAAUGACAAAAAAAAUGACGCAAUACAUUAUUUAUCAUUUUUUAUUUCUAUUGGCCACAAAAAAAAAAUCUGAAACACAACCAAAACAAACAGCAACUCGCUCAAAUUACAAGCUUGUCGUUGUUAUUGUGUGAUAGAAAUAUUAUGCUAAACUUUUCACUACUUUAAUACACAUAAGUGAAUUUGUCUAAAUACUUUUGGUUGUCUAAAAGUUAGAAUGUACAAAAAGUGCUGUAAUUUCUAAACGGUUUACCUGAAAAUAUCCUUGAAUUAAAGCUGGCAGUCGGCACUGAAAUCCAACGUGCUGGAGUACAGAGCCAAAACAAAACAACGUGUCACUGUACAAAUACUUGGAUAUCAGUUGUCUGUUCUAGUCCACGUGUUUGAAGCUCAUAAACCUGAACAAGCUAACAGCAUUAAAAGGGUGUUACAGAUUUAAAAACAAAAUUAUAUGUUUUGUCAUCACAUACCCCGGAUAGGUUCAGUGAAAUGUGUUGUUUUACAGCGUCAGCCACAGUAGUACGGCACCCCUGGAGCAAAGUAGGGUUAAGUGCCUUGCUCAACGGUGCAUCGGCUGAUUUUUCACCUUGUCGGUUCAGGUAUUUAAACCAGAUCAUAUUCGGGAAGAAACACUUGUCCGGAACACUUGUCCAUUUCUCUACACUCGCAUUAACAUCUGCUAACCAUGUGCA